AUGCAAGAACAAAUCCAGGACAAAUCGGAAGAACCGGCCAUCUCGUUGAAGAAAAUCGCUCAACUCGAAGCCGAUUUGGAAGAAAUCAAAAAGGACAAAGACGUCGAGAUGCGCCAAUUGGCAGCAAACAUGGUUCAAAUCGAGGCGAAUUUGAAAAUCACGGAGUUGGAGGCCGAUUUGGUUGACGAAAGGGAGAGAAAUCGAGAAUUCGAAAGGAAAAUCGCCGAGAUGAAAAGGAAGAACGACGAUCUCGAGGCACAAUUAAGAACUCAAAAUACGGAAGUGAGAGACGGAAAAGUCAAGAUUGGAGAGCUUGAAGGGAAAAUCAACGCGUUCCAGAGCAAAAUCUCUGGCCUCGAAACCCAAAUAAAUCGGACGAUGAAUCUCUUGGAUCUGUAUCGGGAUGGAUGGUCGUAUUUGGCGAAAACGGCUUCUUGGUAUAAGGGUUUUGGUCAAUGGAUGACAUUUGAUGAAGCCGAGGCAUAUUGUGCGAGUCGAAAGGGCCAUUUAGUCUCAAUUCACAGUCAGGAAGAGAACGAUUUUGUUUGGAAACUCGCGAAAAAUUUUCCUGCGAAUCGGUCGUUCUGGAUAGGACUGAAGAGAAAUCCGGACAAAGGAAAUGCUUUUGAAUGGACGGAUGGAAGUUCGGUGGAUUUCACGAAUUGGAUGGUGGGAGAGCCGGAUUCGUACACCCACGCUGUGCUUUGGAACGACAAGGGGAAAUGGGGGGGUCGAUCCUCC